AUGACGAGUUUCCUAGGUAAUAACAAAGGUCUGGUCGACUUUGACCAGAAAAGCCUCGCAAUUGCGGCAGCAUCUAUUGCUUUCAAUCCUAUUUUCUGGAAUACCGUCGCCCGUCAAGAAUACCAUAACAAAAUUCUCACGAAACUCUUCAAUGGAAACUCAAGAUAUGGAUGUUAUUUCCUCGCCGUCACCAUCUUUUCCCUCGGUAUCUUCCGCGAUUUCCUCUAUGAGCGCGCUCUUCGCUCUCAACCUACUCAUCCAUUGCUUCUCUCUCCCCUUGUCACAUAUGCAUCUUAUGCACUUCUUCUUGCCGGUAACACACUCGUCUUGAGUUCGAUGUGGGCUCUUGGUGUCACGGGUACAUAUCUCGGUGAUUAUUUUGGAAUCUUGAUGGAUAAGAUGGUGACGGGCUUUCCGUUCAAUGUUAGUAGUGCACCAAUGUACUAUGGGAGCACAAUGAGUUUCUUGGGUACAGCACUUCUGUGGGGAAAGCCGGCGGGCAUUUUGCUCACGAUCGAGGUGUUGGUUGUUUAUCUUUUGGCACUGAGAUUUGAGGAUCCAUUUACAGCUGAAAUUUAUGCCAAGAGGGAAAGAGAGAGAAGUGGGAAGAAGGGUAAGAAGGGAUUGUAA